UUGGCUAUUGGAACUACCGUGAAAAGAUAAAAGUAUCACGUAGAAAGAUUUGUGAUAAUGAAAAGUGAGGUUGGCACAAGUAAAACACCUGUGACGAUUAUUUAGUUCAAUGGAACGUGGAAGGGAUAACAUGGCCACCGCCUGGUGACGUUCGUUCGCCGUCGCUGUCGCGAUAUCAAAUGCCCCCCAAAAACAGCUGGUGAACAAUUAUCAGUGUAAGUUCAGUAGUUUUUACGCGAAAAACGCGUAUUACAUUCAGUGAAAAGUGUAAAGUACAAUGAUGAACAUGUGGAAAGUGCGGGAGUUAAUGGAUAAGGCGACCAAUGUAGUAAUGAACUACACGGAAACAGAGGCCAAAGUUCGGGAAGCAACAAAUGACGACGCAUGGGGUCCCACAGGGGCAAUGAUGCAAGAACUGGCUCAAGCUACAUUCACGUACGAGCAGUUUCCCGAGGUAAUGUCCAUGUUAUGGAAAAGGAUGUUGCAAGAAAAUAAACGAAAUUGGCGUCGGACGUAUAAGUCUCUUCUACUAUUGAAUUACCUAGUUCGCAAUGGUUCAGAGCGAGUGGUUACGUCGUCUAGAGAACAUAUUUAUGAUCUGAAAUCAUUAGAAAAUUAUACCUGUAUUGAUGAAUUUGGCAAAGAUCAAGGAAUAAACAUUAGACAUAAAGUUAGGGAAUUAAUUGAUUUUAUUCAAGAUGAUGACAAAUUGCGAGAAGAAAGGAAAAAAGCUAAGAAAAACAAAGAUAAAUACGUGGGUUUAUCAAGCGAAGCAAUGGGUAUGCGAUUUGGUGGCGGAGAUAGGUGGACAGAUAGUCCAAAAUGGGGUAAGAGUAGUAUAGAUGCUUAUAAUGAUUGGGACCGAGAUAGCAGAGGAAAAGGAUUUGAGGAUACAAAUAACAGUGAUGACGGCGAAAGAGAAGAUUCUGAUAAUGAUGUUCACCCAAGUCCAAAAAGGGGAGGUAGAGAAUAUAGAGAUACAAUGGAUAGUAUAGAUCGUGUCAAUAAAACAGUUGCCUCCACAAUUCCAACAAACGCUUCGCCAGCUCGAGUGACGAGGACUAUUAAAAAAGUAGAUUUAGGAGCAGCCGCAAAUUAUGGAAGAGAACAGUCCAAUAAUGGUAUAUCUGGAUCCCAAAAUAAUUCUUUGUCUAUCAAGCAAAAAAGCAAAAAUGAUAUUUUAAAUGAUAUUUUUGAUUCUCAGAAUGAGAACAACACUAAAUCAGUCGUUGACGAUGAUGAUUUUAAUCCGAGAGCAAAUACUCAACCUACUGUACAAACUCAGAAUGCGAAUGCAGAUUUUGGUGAUUUCACUAGUGCAUUCGGUAAUCCGGCUGCAAAAACGAAAGACAGUAACGACGAAUUUGCAGAUUUUACAUCCGCUUUUAAUUCUUCCGUUACGAUAUCAAAUCCUCAGAUGCAGCCGCAAUUGCCACAAACGCAAAUAAAUUUAAUAGGAUCAGCAAUACCAAAUAUUAAUAGCUCAGUAACGGAUAAUGUAAAUAAUGCAAUGUUCAUGAAUACUCAAUCGGCUAGCUCACCUCCUUUUACAGCUAUGACUUCUGGAAAUACAUUUUCUCAAACUUCUAAUAUGGAUAGUAAUGUAUUUGAUACUUUACAACCGCAAAUGCUCAGCAAUCAGCAAACAUUAAACAAUAAUAUAGCGCCAACAACUACGGAUCUUUUAUCAGACUUAGAUAGUUUAAAUUCUUUGAGUUCUGGACCAGUGGACAGGCGAAUAGAUAACACCAACUCUAAUUUCUUCAUGAAUAUGAAUUCAACAACACCUGUUGCACCAAAUCAUGGAGCAUACAAGAUGGAAAAAAGCAUCACUUCAACUGAAAAUCUUUCAAAACACGCUGCAAAUCGACUUUUGGAAGAAUUGUGUUCCAUGGGUUCAAUAAAAAAUCAGAAUAAUUUGAAGAAAUUGAAAUCAUAUAUUUCUGAUUAUGUUACAUUUUUGCCAGGUCCACUUACCCCGCAAAAAUAUAGCAACCUGGAUUUCGACUUAGAAAUCAAUCCUAUGUUACAUGGAAAGAUUUUAGAAGAAGUUAUUGAAAAAUUUGAUCAUAAUUGGCCAUUACAAGGAAAUAGUUUAGAUCCAACCUUUAAACAGUUGGUUAUUAUUGAGAGUACCACAUUAUCAGUUUUAGCUGAAACUUUAAUUGCUUUGACUUAUGCUUUAAAAGAAACUAAGGAUAAGAAAAAAAUGUUUAUAAUUUCAAUCAUUUUGGAGCAGUUAGUGAAAAGUGAUUCUUUGUUUUCUGUGUUAGUAGAUGUAUGUAAGUGUCGAACACAGAAUAAGAUGCAAGAAGAGGAGUUUGAACAAAUAUGGCAAAAUACAGUACAAAUUAUAAUUUCAUUACCAAACCGUAUAGCUAAUAAACUGGAAAAUAAUACAUUUGAUACUUUUUCUCCUCAAAUGUAUCUUAAAAUAAUAAGUUUUCAUAUAGCUCGUGCAAUUUCUUUCAUAAGCACUGGCUUGCAUUACAGCAUCGCAGUAGAAACAAAAUUACUUUCAUUUUUACUCAAUAAAAUAGUGAUUACUACAAAGUCAGAAAAUUUGUUACCUCUUAUUGACAUUUUAAUGGAAUGGUGUUUUCAAAAUAAAAAUAAUGAACGAAAUGUAAUACAAAAUAUAUUAGAAACACUAGAUACACCAAGCAUAGGACCAAUAGCAGUAUUAUUUUUAAAACAAUGCAACAUAAGUUUUGGAGUUUACCACAUUUUUGGAAAUUUAAUAUCAAAUUCAAAUUGGAAGUUCGCAUUAACGACAAAACUUCCUUUAAUGUGUUAUUAUAACGAUGAUAAUUUAGUAAUAAACCUAAUUUCGUAUUUAGCAGAAUUUUUAAAUGAAAAUCGUAUCCUUAUUGAUUUAUUAAUGAAACUUUUAGAUGUUUGGGGUGAUAAAAGUGCUUUAAAUCAUACCUCUCUAGAACAACAUACAUACAUCACUAAAUUACUAAUUAUGUCUAUAAGGAAAUCAAAACGUUAUAUAAACAGGAAUCAAAAAACUGAUAUUCAAGCAUUAUUAGCUUCUGGUAUAUCAAAUCAUCUUCAAUCUACACAUAUUAUUUUAAGAGCAAUAGGAAUGUCUGUCGGAGAAGUUUUUUCUGAAGAACUGUUGGAAUCAAACGAUGCUCAAAAACUUACUUUUGAUUAUAAUAACAUGCCUACUGAAGUAACAGAAUUGGUUCAAUCAUUGAAAAAACUACAUAUAGUAACAGAUACAAGGGAACACACUAAAAUAAAUGAUUUAAUCUUUGAAAAUAUUGAAUUUGAUACAUUAGGUGCCAAAAAAGUAUAUGAAUUAGGUAUUGAAUGUAAUCUCCUACCUAAAAAAGAGGUAGAAAUAAAAAAUAAUGAUAAAAAUGAAAUAACAAAUUUAGAAGAUUCAAUUAUAUUGUCUGAAGUAAUUCCUAAAGCUGUUAUGGCAGACGAGGACAAUAACGAAAAUAAUUCAGAAAUUGAUAGCGACGACGAUUUAGUUCCAUACGAUAUGUCUCAUGAUACAAAAAUUAGUGAAAAAUUACGACCAGCCUAUUUAAGAGAUUUGCGCGACAAUUUACAAAAUGAAAAAGUUUUGACAAAUCCGGAUAUUUUUUCAGAAUCUUUAGAAGUUUGCGAGGAAUUAAUAUUAUCGCAAUUACCAGGUGACGAUGUAUCUUUUGCAAUUGAACUAUUGAGUCUUCUUAUUACACUUAAGGAAGCUUGUUACGUUGAAAAUUUUGAAGUACUAAAAUUUAGAUCUUGUGUGGCUAUAGUGACUGUUUAUCCUAAAGAAUGUGCUGAAUUUUUAUGCAAACAAUUUUAUAUGGAUCUAGAUAUGUAUUCUGUAAGUCAGCGGUUAUUCUUCUUAGACGUAUUGUCAGAAUCAGCAAGAAGAUUGUCGCGUAUUCCAGUUAGCGAAGAUAAAGAAGAUGCAAUUGAUAUAUCAAAAGUAAAUUCAAGAAAGAAAGAAAUUUCAAAGAAAAUAUCACUUUUUAUUGACACAGAAAAAAGUAAACAACAAAAAGUAUUAUAUAGUGACGAUUUUGAAGAAUUUGAAACGACGGAAGAUCAAAACACAGAUUGGCCUGAAAUUAUUAACAAAAGAAUUGAAUCAAACACAAGAAGAUACACGCAUGCAAUGAAACCUCUGAAAACGUUUAAAAACAAAUUUGGAAAUGUUGCAUCUUCAUUCUUUUAUCCAUUGUUAUAUGGUUUUGGUAAACAAGGCUCUUGUUUAAAUAGUGGAUUACAGAUAUUUUUAGACCAAGAAAACAUUUUAUUAAUUCGAUUUUUGAAAACGUUAUCUACUAUAAUGGUAGCAGCACAAAACUGUUUACUCGCUUCGAAAAUGGGUAAAGAAAUUUUAGAAUUAUCGUGGACACUGCGAUAUCACGAUCAGGCAAAAGUUAGAAUGGCAGUGAUAGAAAAUAUUGAAGCUGUACUUAUUGCAGUACCAAAAGAUGUAAUCAUGAAUGAAUUAUUUGAAAUAGUUCUUGAAAUAAGACUGUGGCUUCUAGAUUUGUUUCAAAAUGUGAUCAGAGGUGAUCAUGAUAAAGAAUGCAGGAGUUUAGGUGCUAGAGCUGUAUUUUUAAUUGAUUCCAUUAUAAGUUCAACAUUUGAAAAUGCACAUAGAACAAUUGGAUUAUCGCCAGUUGCAAAUCUUCUUACUCCUUCAUCAACCAAUUCCAAAAAUCAACCACCAAGUAAUACAUCUACACAAGUUGGUUCUACAUGGGCUGGCUCAGGAUUAAAUAUAGAUCUCGAUAACAUUAUGGGCAGUAAAAUUAAACAAUCAGGACCUGCCCCAACAAUGAAUCAAUUGGCAAGUAACAGUCCACAACAUCAACCUAAAGUUAUAACAUCACCAACGAUGGGAUAUACAUCACCUAUGAUUCAACCUCAACAACAGAAACAACAGCAUGUAAAUCCAGCAUUUUUUCCUGCAUUUCAAUGAAAUGUUUUUAAUAAAUCAAGGCUGAUUUUAACAAAACCUGAAUAUAUAAUAUGUGAAAUAAUUUGGAGUUAAA